CAAUAUCUGUGCUAUAACAAAGUGUUUGAACUAAGCGAAACAAAGAAUUAUCAAUUUUUGAAAAACUUAAAUACCAUCAUCAACGAAUCCAGGAUGGCAGCCAUACCUCAAGGAGCCUUUGCCGCUUGCAAAAUUCGUGAAUAUAAUGAACGUGAUAUGAUUGUUUCCCGCAUGAAAUUGUCUGCCACUGAUAAGAACGCUGGAUUUAAUCUUCAGACUCAACGUGAUUACUCACCGGUGAAAUAUAAUGACAAGCUAAUGAACUCGAUUUGGGGUAUAACAAAAAGAUAUACAUAUAUGUUUAUAUUUUAA